UCAGUUGACUUUGAGCGCUGCUUCAGAAUGCUUGGUAGAAUCGCAUUUUUAUUAUUGCUCGUCGGUCGUUUUGGCCCGGAAGUUCAGUCGGCGAAAGUGGAUGGCAACCAGUGCGGAGCCUUCAACGAAGAUCAGAUGCUCAAGCAAGGACCCUUCGCCGUUCCCACGGAACAGCAGUGGGUGGCCCGGAUCGUGUAUGGCAAGGGGUUUGAGGGCAAGAUUCGGGACAAUGGGUGUCUGGGCGUGCUUGUAUCGAAGCGCACUGUUUUGGCGCCCGCCCACUGUUUUGUCCAGUACAACGGGGUGGCGGAGGCCUUCUCCGUCCACCUGGGUGUCCACAACAAGAGUGCUCCCGUCGGAGUCCGAGUGUGCGAGACGGAUGGCUAUUGCGUGCGUCCGUCGCAGGAGAUCAAACUGGCCGAGAUAGCAAUCCAUCCGGACUACGACUCGCGAACCCUGAAAAACUGCUUGGCAGUGCUGACUCUUCAGAGAGACGCAAAGCUCUACCCGAAUGUAAUGCCCAUUUGCAUGCCACCUCCAAGCCUGGUCAACGAGACCCUGGUGGCUCAGACAUUUAUAGUGGCUGGUCUUCGCGUCUUUGAGGACUUGAGGUUGAAGACGUGGGUGAACACGCUCAGUCGCGGCUUCUGCCAAUCAAAGGUCAACACGCUGGUGACCAGCAGCAACACGGUGUGUGGCUAUCACAAAAACCCGGUGGCGUAUUACCUGGGCGCACCUUUGGUGGGAAUGCAGAAGAUGGGGCACACCACGCAGAACUACUACCUGGUGGGCAUCAUGAUCGACUGGCGCUGGGAGAAGAGCCGCAUCAUGUCCAGCUUCCUGGCCAUUCGUAACUACAUGGACUUCAUCCAGCAGAACUCCAUUGAUUUGAUUGUACGCUCCUGAGCCCAGAAAUAAAGAGAAACGCCAGCUGCCAACAGGUCUUGCUGGGGUGUUAAUUAUUCA